AUGUAUCCAAAUACUUAUACAUUAUUCAAUAACAACAUUAGUAAUAUUAAUAGCAAAAGUGAUAGUAAUAACAAUAAUAGUAUUGGUAAUAAUUAUAUAACAACAUCAUCGAUUAUAACAACAAAUAUGAUGCAUAAUGAUUUGAAUAGUUUGAGUCAGAUGACUACUAUGAAUGGUGGUUUGGGUGUAAAUAGUGUAAAUAGCAAUGAUGUUGGUGUUGGUGGUUCUCAGAUAAUGUAUAAUUCAAUAGGUGUUCCUAUGGGUAUUCCAGAUGCAAGCCGCUUCACUUCAGUUGGAGCAAUCGAAUGCCAUGUUCAGUCAGACCAUCAUUCAACAGGAUCUCGUACAACAGCAAAUGGAUCAACAGCUCCUACAACUCCAACAGCAAUCACAGAUGCAACUCGAUCAACUCAAUUCCAUGAGUGGAAUGAACACACUCGGCAAUAUGAGUACAAUGGACAACAAAUGAAGCUGUUACAACAAGGUAAAGAAUUGACUGCUGGUAGUGGUGUCGCUGCUGUUGUACACCAUGAAACUACUGUUGUAAACGUUGCAUUGGUACAAGAAGAUAAAAGUGGAAAGUUGGUCGAUGUAGAAGGACCUUUCGAUGUACAGAAUGAAAAUCUUAAUAAACAACUGACAAUGACUAUGAGACAGCUGGAGGAAGAAAGAGAAAAUACACUAUGUCCAAUUUGUAUGGAUAGAAGAAAAGAUAUGGCAAUCGAUUGUGGACAUCUAUUCUGUGGCGAAUGUCUUUCUUGGGUUGGCGGUCGUCAUCUCUGUCCAAUAUGUAGACAAGAAUUUAAAAACAAAAUUAGACUACACAUGAACUAA